GUCUGGUCCGACCCUUAAAUUUAGCUGUGAACACCCGAGCGCUUUACGUCCCUGAGUAGCGAGCAGAGCGCUCCAGGCAGCCCUUGAAACGUUUUUUCCGUACAGCAACAUGGCGGCUCCCGUUGACUGUUAGAAAAGGAGAUUUGUUUUUUCCUUUGCCUUGAAAGGAGUGUCUUUCAGGACCACUGUUUAGAUGGGUGCUGUUUCAUGAAGCAAGUCUGGGAAGGCGGGGUGCACUUUUCUGACAAGGGAGGCGGCGAGGAAGAAUGUCUGUGGUGCGUGAGCUAUCGCCAGGAUGGUUACUGGAUCAUCUUUCUUUCAUUAACAAGAUAAGUUAUGAACUUCACCAGCAUCAUGAGCCUUGUUGCAGUAAAAAUGAGCUUACUUCUUCUGUUCACGUUGAUACUCUUCACGUGGAUUCUAUGUCCUCUUUUGGAGCCUCUGCUACCUGUACUGCUUCUACCACUAAGCCAGAAAAUGAUGAUGGAGGAAAUUGUGAAAUGUUCAUACAAAAAUAUGUUUUUCGAUCUGAACUGUUUGAUGUCACCAAACCUUAUAUAACUUCUGCUAUUCACAAAGAAUGCCAACAAAGUAAUGCAAAGGAAGAUCUAGUAAAUGAUGUUAAGAAAGAAAUCUCCAUUUUUGUUAAUGGGAAGAAACGUAAGAGAUGUGUUGUUUUCAAUCAAGGUGAAUUGGAUGCUAUGGAAUACCAUACAAAGAUCAGGGGGCUGAUUUUGGAUGGAUCUUCACAGUUAAUCCAAGAAGGUCUCAAAAGUGGCUUUCUUCAUCCACUUUAUGAAAAACGGGACAAGUAUAGUGAGCCCAUUACUUUACCACUUGAUACCUGCAAUUUGUCAGAAUUAUGUGAAAUGGCAAAGCAUUUGCCUUCUCUGAAUGAAAUGGAACUUCAGACGUUACAACUGAUGGAAGAUGAUAUAUCUGUUACAGAGCAGGAUUUAUUUUCACGGAUUGUUGAAAACAACUCUAGCUUUACAAAAAUGAUUACUUUAAUGGGACAGAAAUACCUGCUGCCACCAAAAAGCAGUUUUCUUUUGUCUGACAUUUCUUGUAUGUACCCGCUUCUGAGCUGUAAGAAAACAUAUGAUGUAAUUGUGAUAGAUCCACCAUGGCAGAACAAAUCAGUUAAAAGAAGUAACAGAUAUAGUUAUUUAUCACCACUGCAAAUAAAGCAGAUACCUAUCCCUAAGCUGGCUGCUCCAAACUGUCUUGUUGUUACUUGGGUGACGAAUAGACAGAAGCACCUACGUUUUGUUAAGGAAGAACUUUACCCUUCUUGGUCUGUGGAGAUAGUUGCUGAAUGGCACUGGGUAAAAAUCACCAGUUCAGGAGAGUUUGUGUUCCCAUUAGAUUCUCCACACAAAAAGCCUUACGAAGGUCUUAUACUGGGAAGAGUUCGAGAAAAAGCUGCUUUACCAUUAAGGAAUGCAGAUGUAAAAGAGCUCCCCAUUCCAGAUCACAAGUUAAUUGUCAGUGUGCCCUGUACGCUUCACUCACAUAAGCCACCUCUUGCUGAGGUUCUAAAAGACUAUAUCAAGCCAGAGGGGGAAUGUUUGGAAUUGUUUGCUCGAAAUUUACAGCCAGGUUGGACUAGUUGGGGCAAUGAAGUUCUCAAAUUUCAACAUGUGGAUUAUUUUGUUGCCCUGGAGUCUAAAAGUUGACUAUGUUCUUAAAAUUGUGUUUUUCUUCAGUUUUUCCUCACUCCUUCUCUGUUCAUUCUAAUAGAUUUUUCCUUUUAUUACCAACUAGUAUGCUUAGAGAUGUGAACAGGACUUGGUUUUUCAGGAAAAUGAUUAAAAGUGACUAGCUGUCAUAUAAUUUUGAGAUGAAUUUUACUUCAGUUGCACUAGUAUUUCACAUUAUUCUGGGCUCUACAAAUAAAGAGGUAAGCAGUUAGAACGAUGGCAAGAUUUUGUUACUGAAAAAGUUCAGAAAGCAUGCACUAUGGACUUGAAGUCACAAUUCUAUAUAUGGGUGUGUUUUGUUUGGCCCAUAUGGUGUUGUAAAAAAAGUUGAAGCCAUCAGUCUAAAAAAUCAGGAAAUUUCACAUAAUAAGUCCAUAUUUCUGCCUUUCUUUAAACGUCAGAAACUCUGUCUACACUGCAGCCUGUGUUCUUUCCUGGCAUCAGUCUGUGGGACCCAGUGGUGGCAGCUUAUUUGGGAAGGGCCAUGUACUCUCCAGUUUACCACAGUAGCCCUUGUCCCAUGCCACUCACUUAUAUUGUCUUCCUGACCCCUGUACAACCUGAAUUUAGAACAUCUAGUAUACUGCUACAUUCUGGAAAAUGUAUUCAAAGACCUGCUAAGUACUGCAUCAUUGUAUUGAGUUCAUGAAACAUUUUUUGGAGGGUUUUAAAUUUCAUUCAGGGUCACUUUUCAAUUACUUUUUAGUUUUGCUUGUUUUUCUAGAAGAAAAAUAAAUUCUUAAUAAUGUCAGAAAGUAAA